AUGGCGUCGUCGUUCAUAUCGCAGGUGCGCUCUCCCCCCUCUCAACGAGUCACGCCGAACUCCCGCCCGUCUGCCUCUCUCCCCGCUGCCCCCCUCCCUCUGUCUGCCGCCCCUUUGCCGCCCGCCCUGGCGCAGGUGGUGCUGCGCGUGCUCCGCGCGUACAUCCGCGACGCCGACGGCGCGGCGGCGUCCGACCUGAGCGUGUCUCUGUCGGGCGGCUCCCUCACGCUCCGCAACUUCGAGCUCAACCUGCCAGGUGCGGCGUACGGAGGGGGCAGAUGCACGACGACAACCCGCCACCCCGACCCUCCCCAUCCUGCCCCUCCCUCCACUCCCCUCCCCCGGGCUCACCCCCCACCAGUCCCCCCGCACGUGCGCGUGGCGGUGCGGCGCGCGUGGGUGGGCGAGCUGCGUGUGACCAUCCCCUGGGCCGCGCUGGGCUCUCAGCCCGUGGCACUGGCGCUGCACGUCGUGCGCCUGCACGUGCAACGGGCAACGGGGGGAGAGGGGGAUGGAGGGCAGGGGACGGGCGAGGAGGAGAAGGGGAGGGGCGGCGGGAGGUGUGGGGGCGAGGAUGGUGUGAGGGAGAGCGAGGGGGGCGGUGGUGGGCAGCAGAGGAUGGGGCGAGAAGAGGGUGAGGGGGGCGACGGAGGAUGGGAGAGGGGGGGCGAUGGAGGAGGGAAGGAGGAGGAGGGCGGUGGUUGUGGUGGCAGCGACACUGACUCAGACUCAUCGCAGGGCAGCGGUGGUGGCAGCAGCAGCGAGGCGGGGCAUGUGAGGGAGGAGCUGGCGGAGCUGCUGGCGCUGGGGGGGCUGCGGGCGUUCCUGCAGCACACCGUGCUGAACGCGAGUGUGACUGUAACGGACGUGCUCCUGCAGUACUCCACGCCCUCUGCUGUGCUGUUGCUGCGCUGCGAUAAGCUCCUCCUCCACUCCACUGCACCUGACUGGACCCCUGCCUUUGUGCCACCAGAGGAAGGCGUGAGGAAAGUUCUGGAGGUUACUGGCCUGUCUGUGGACGUCGCAAGUACAUCCAGCCAAUCACACAAGGCCACGUGUCAGGCCAGCCAAGAUGCCAGCCGGAAUGCGAUGGGUGAGACAAGAGAAGCUGCUAAGAAGCUCCUGGUAUCAGCGAGCGAGGAGGGAGAAAAGGCAGCAUCGGAGAGGGACGGGGGAAUGAUGGAUGGGCGGCAGCAGAGGGGGCAGCAGGUGGGGCAGCAGAAGGGGGGGUUGUUUCACAGCAUGGGGCGCGCCAUUGGGUGGGUGCAGCAGCUGUUUGAGGACGAGGAGGAGGAGGAGAGCAGCAGCGUUGCCAUGGCAGCCACGGGACACAGUGCGUUGUCAGUGAGUCCUGCUGCAGCAGCAGCGGGUGGUGGCUUGGAGGGUGAUGAGAUCUGGGAAUGGGCCACGGGGUACGAGGCAGGAGUGCACUUUGACAUGGCAGCCACUGAUUGGUCCGUGGCUGCACUGCUAGAGGGCGCUGAGCUGUCUCUUGUAAACAGCGUGGGCGGCAGCAUGGAUGGCAGUGGCGGCAGCAUGGAUGGCAGUGGCGGCAGCAUGGAUGGCAGUGGCGGCGCAUCUGUGUGCUCCAACAGUGAGGCCCUCGACCUCAGCGCGGAGGAAUGGCACGACGCAGCCGCGCUGCCAAGCCUGGACGUGGGCCUUGCCAGCCCAGCCUGCCAACCGAAGCUAGAAUGCAGGCUCGGGGCCAUGCUGGUGGAGGCGGAGGGGCGGGGCAGGGCGGUGCAGGCAGCGAGUGUGAAGGUGGGCGCCGUGGCACUGGCUGUGGCAGUGCCUGAGCGCAGCACUUCAGGUGCCCCUUCAGGUGCCCCUUCAGGUGCAACGGUGAGCUCCAAUGUUCCAUCAGGUGGUUUGGGCCCUGCAGCAGUGGAAGUGUCUUUUCUUCGUCCUCUUCUGCGCCUGCACACACGGCAACAGGCAUGCGGGACAGGGGCAGCAGCAGCAGCAGAGGGGCGAGGGGAGGGCGCGGUGGGGUCGUAUGGGAGCCUGCAGGCGCCGCUGCUGCACUCGCUCGCCCCCCUGGGGGCUGUGCUGCCCGCACACUCUGCUGCCGCUACAAGGGGAGAGCAGCAUGCGGGUGCAGGCGGGGUGGGAAGAGGAGGGGCAGCAGGGGGUGCCGGGGGUCAUGGAGGAGGGAAGACAGGUGAGGAAGACGAAGGAGCGGGGGGGUGUGAGGAGCGGUGGAGUGUGGAGGGAGUGUGGUGGCGCGGGGUGCGAGUGGCAGAGGCGUUUGAAGCCUCGCAGGCUGCUGGGCCGCUGGGGCUCACAGCUGACGUCAGCCUCUCCCUGCACGUGGGACGCGUGGCAGUCUCCUAUUGGCCAGGCAUGUGCAGCACUGUGCUGCGGUGGUGGCAGGACGUGCAGACAUGCGGUGGUGGUGGAGGGGGGGAUGUGGGAGGGGCAGUGCAAGGGGAGGUGCGGGUUACACAAGACGAGCCCAGCGCCCCACCCGCUGCCUGCUCAACGCCGCUUGCCCCCUCUCUGUCGUCCCCAGGUGGUGCUGGGUGGUUGCAGCGGGUGGCGCGUGUGAGCAGCGCGGAGGUGGAUGUGGAGGGCGUUAGUGUGCGCUUGGGUGGUGGGGCGUGCGAGGGCAGCAGGGCGCGGGUGGCGCUGGUGGUGCAUGCACACAUGCACUCGAUUGAACAUGGUCAGCUGUGCCCCGCCACGCUGCUGCACCCCUCCUCUCUCCGCAUCGACUGCACGUGGGCUGCUGCUGCCGCCCCCUCGCCACACCCCUCCACAUCGCCAUCACCAGCACUGGCAGUUCCACCAGGGCAGCCAGGGGCGGCAGCAGCAGCGCCCUUUACUGGAUCGCCAGCAGUGGCAGGCGCCUUGCCACACGGGCCCGAAUGGGGCGGAAGGGGGGCGCUGCAUGGCAAUGCGUCUGUAACGGGAGAGGAGGGCGAGGGUGCGGUGGAAGGAACUCUGGAUGCCUUCUCUCUGCACAUCUCUCGCACUCACGCUGCUGGUCUGCUCGCCAUAGCUGCUUCUGCACUCAACGACGUGAGCUUCAGUGCUGGUGGCGCUGCUGCCAUGGCUUCAACAGCAGAGCCACAAGUCACAGCUGCAGGGUCAAGUGCACGAGAGCAAGCAUGCGCAGCCAUGCCGGCCGUGCCACCAAGCAAGCUGCACGGCCUGGCUAAGCAUGCUCGCAUGCUGGAGACUGCUGCUGAUGUCAUGUUGACCUGGAGCCACGUGGCAUCAUCAUCAUCAGCAGCAGCAGCGGAGCCUCCCCGCGACUCCCCCUGGUGCUGGCAGCACAUGCAGCAGCAGGUGGGGGCGUUCUGCCAUGUGCGGGCGUGCAGCGUGGCGCUGGCAGUGGGAUGGCGCAGCGGCCGUUCUGAGCCCGGCAUCUCCACACAGCGAGAGGCGUGGCUGCAGCAUGCGGUGGUGGCGGAGGCGCAAGGGCAGGCGCAUGGACGGCGCACAUCACUCACACUGUCCGUCGAGUCGUUAUCGGUGGAGGCACUGCAUGCUCUCAGCCUCUCCCUACAGCCGUCGCCCCCUUUGUCAGCAGCCCUAUCCGCAUCCCUGCGCCCACGCCCACCCGUGCGCGCUGCCGAGCGCCCACCCGCCACUCACACUGCGGCGCCGCAGCAUGACCGCCCUGGCAGCAGCGCUGCUGCAAGUGGUGCUCACGUCACGCUGCACUUGGGUGACGUCAUGGUGGUGGUGUGGGCGGACCCUCUUGUGCACUUGCACGCGCUGCUGGCUGCUGCCACUGCGGUGAGAGUGCAGCAGGGCGAGGUGGAGAGCGGUGCAGGCAGGUGGAAUGGAGAGGGGCGAGGAGCAGGGGCAAGUGGGAAGGGGGGAGCAGACAGGAGAGGUGGAGGGAGCGAGGAGGGAGAGGGGAACGGAGAGCUGGCAGGUGGAGGAGUAAGGGCAGCAGCACAGGUGGCGGCAGGGGUGGAAUCGAUGCAGGCAGUGGUGCAGCGGGGCAGCGUGAGCAUUGUGACAGGCCCCUUGAGAAGAGGCCAUGGCAGUGGCAGCGCGCACAGUGGGGGGUUGUGCAGUGGGGGUGAUGGGGCAGGCAUUGGGGCGAGGGGGAAGGGCAUGGGAGGGCAUGGCGUGUGGGUGGCAGUGGGGCGGGCGGGCAUGAGAGGGCUGUCUGUAUGCGCGGAUGAGAGGGGCGGUGGCAGCAAUACAGGGGGGAUGGGAGCACAGAUGUGUGAGAGGGGUGGGGAAGAGCCCCCUGUGGUGCGCGUACAGGGGGUGUGGGUGGACCUGGGCACGGCGUGCCUGCCUUGCUCGCCUGCCCCCACGCCCCUUGCCGCGGUGGACGAGAGUGAAGUCGCUGCAGGGACCACACAGGCGGACAUGUGGCUGCUUGCGAUUGGCUCAGAGGGCCUGGGUGCGCUGGUGCAGGUGGAGGGAGUGACGGUGACGAGGGGAAAGGCAGGGCCUGAGCACACGGAUGGGCCAGGCGAUGACAGUCGGGCUCUUGACCUGCUGGUGGAGCGGGUGGGCGUCACUGUGUCACGCCACCAGGCCGACACCCUCCUGCUGCUGCGCCGCCACCUCACUGCCUCCCUGCUGCCUCUGCUGCGCCCACCUGCCACCACUGCCGCGACUCAGCAAGGCAGCCGGGGCAGCCAGGGCGGCACGGAGAGAGGCAACGGCAGCAGCAGCAGGUACGGCGGUGGUGCCAGCAGCGCAGUGACACAUGUCAGCAUGCGAGUGGUAGAGUGCACGGCAGCCGUGCCCCUGUGGGCGGCAGCCAGUCCCCCGGCAGUCAGCACUGCCUUCCAUGGCGCCCACACGGCCCUCCAUGCCUCCUCGCACCUCCACGCCACCAUUUCAGACUGCCUCCUCUCUGCCUCUUCAGCCCCGCUCCUGCCGCCCACAAGCAAUUCGCGCCCUGGUUGUUCCUCUUGUGCAGCAGCAGCACCCGCGGUGGCGCAUGGCAGGGUGGGCCGAGUGGCAGUGGAGGUGGCGAGGGCGGGAAGGCGCCAGGCAGGUGCGCGGGUGGGAGCGACAGGGCUUGCCCCCGCAGGGCCGGCGGAGCAGCGCUUCACUCUGCUCGCCCUGCCGCACGCUGCCCUCUCACCGCCUUCCCCCCCCGCCCCUCACCACUCCCCCUACACUCCUCCACCCGACUACUCCCCUGCAGCAGCACACCCGCCUAGCGUGCCCCCCAAGCAGCCCUCAGAGCCCCACUGCCCUGCUCACCCUGCCAGCCCCCCUGCUUCUGUGGCAGGCGCCGCUGCAGGCAUGACGUGGAGAGUGGUGGAGGAGGAGAGACGGUGUGGUGGCGGCACGGGGGGAACGGGAGGCAGGGCGCAGGGCGAGGCGGGGGAGGGCGGGGGGGAGCAGAGGGGGCGCGGGUGGGUGGAGGUGGAGGCGCAGCCCUUGAUGGUGGCGGCUGAUGCCCAGCUCGUGCACGAGGUCAUCGCCACGCUGUACGACGUCCUCCCUCGCCUGCGCACCCCCCUCCCACCACCACAGCAAUCGUCUGUGCGCCACACAGGGAGAGGCGCUGCUGGCUGCUCCUCCGCCACCCACCAUCCGCCAGGCAUGCCCCCCGACCACGCCUCACACACGGCACAGCAGCAUCAUGCUCAGCAGCAGGCAGCCCCUGGGGGAAAGGGCAGUGCCGCACCGCCCAGAGGGUCAGUGCCGGUGGCACGGCUGUGGGGCGUGAAGGUGGCGAGUGGAGGCGCGCUCAUCUCACUGCUCUCAGCCUUUGAAGCCUUUCAAGCAACGCAAGGGUGUGAAGGGCCAACCACUUCUGACACGUCCCGCGCCCACAAGCCGUGCCCAUCCUCCCCACCAGCCGCCUCCGUGUCGUCCCCCUCAGCGCUGUCCCGCCUGCCCCGCCUCUCCAUCUCCUCUCACUUCGUUGCUCACGAUGACCCGGAACCCCACCCGCCAUGGCAGGGGGACGCGCAGCAGCAGCGCGAGCAGCAGGGGGAGCAGGAGGAGAGGGAGGGUGUGGCGGGGGGAGCAGGAGUGUCGGUGGAGUUAGAGAGGUGCACGCUCACCCUCUCCCUCGUGCCGUCACUGCAUGACAUCCGCCGAUUCGCAGGCACCCACGAUGCCUCCUGCCCGGGCCGCAUCAUCCUCCCUUACACGCCACCCACCACACACUCCUCCUCACACUCCCCUUUGCACUGCCCCCCGCCGCCCUUCCUCAUCCCCACGGUCAACCUGCAGUCGGCCCACACGGCCGUGCGGCUACUCAGCACGGACCUACUCUCCAGCCCCACACUGCUCACCCGCGCCCACACCACCGCACUGCACCUCACAGCACUGGGCACUCCCUUCCCCAUGCGCCUCACCAUACACACGGACUUCGCCGCUCCCUCCCUCUGCCCCAAGGUGCUGCUGCCGCUGAUCCGCCUUGCCAGGUCGCUGCGGGAUGCGUGGGCGGCAGCGAGGGCCGUGCGGGUGGCGCAAGUGGUGCAGCCCGGUGGCGACGUGUCGGGUGCACCGACUGACGACCUGCGCAGCGGGGCGUUUGAGUGCAGCCGGGCGGGGGGGAGGGUGCAGGGCGGGGUGGCGGGGUGGGAGGAGGUGGCGGCGGGGCAGGUGGUGUGGGGCGAGGACCUGCACGCGCCACCCUCCUCGCUGGGCAUGGCCGUGGCGGUGCACGCGGGGGGGCAUGCAUGGGGCAGCCGCAGCGCAGGCAGUGGGCCGGGCGAGGCCGGAAUCGGUGGCAGGGGUCGUGAGUCAGGCGACAGGGGCAGCAAGGGGGGCGACAAGGGGGGCAGCAGUGGGAGUGGGGGCGAGGGCGGCGAGCAGCAUGGGGCGACGGUGCAUGUGAGGGCGCCGUCUCUGAGAGCACUGCAGCGCCUGCUGCUCGCAUGGAUGGGGCGAGGGGGGCAGGCAGGCACGGGGCAGGUGGAGGUGGGCGGAGGUGAGCGGGCGAUGGGGGAAGCAGGGAAGAGGACAGAAGAACAGGGUGAGGUUGAGCAGGAGGAGAUGAAGGGGAAUGGGAGGGUGCAAGAGAGUGAAGGGAAGGGGUUGGCUUUGGGGAGGAGCGAGGCGAAUGAGGGUGGUGCAGCAGAGGCAGGUGAAGGGGUGCAGACGGAAGGCCCAAGAGGUCUGCAGUCACAGGCAUCGCGGUCUUUGCCCGUCCCCACGUCCCCAUCUCCCCCCCUGUUCGGGUACAUGGUGGAGAACCGAUGCCCCGUGCCUCUCCACCUGGGCCAGCACGGCACCCAAGAGGCCAUCUCCCUGCCGCCCGGCUGCUCACUAGGCUACAGCUGGCGCCGCCCACCCUCGCUUGUGCUGGGCGCCGUGAACGGGGGUAAGGAGUCCGAGAGAGUGGAGAUGCGGGGAGUGCAGGGAGGGGCGAUGGAGGCAGCAGAAGAGACGGACGAGGUGCUGCCUCAGAGGGGCAUGGGUGCUGGCAGGGCGGGCAGUGCACCUCUGCUGGUGCGCGUCCGCCUGGCACGGGAGGGGCGCUGGUCUGCACCCCUUGCUGUUGCCCCCUGCUACCUUGGCCUGCCCUCUGGCAGUGACGCAAGAAUAGGGCUUGGGGGGGCAGCGGGUGGGAGAAGAGGGCGAGAAAUGGCACCACCAUCAGAAAAGGCGGCAGUGGACAAGGCACAAGUGGCAGCAGCGGUGGAUGGCAGUGAUGGCUGCUCACUCACAUUCCUGCUCACCGCUGAUGCCUGUCUUCCCGUCUCAGGGCCGCCCUUCCCCCCGCUGCCACACGGGCAGGAGAGUGUGUGGGUGCGCCUCAUAUUGCCCUCCUCCGUCCUCCCCCUCCCAGCUCCCUCUCCCUCCUCACUCCCCACCGCGACUCCCACCAGCGCCCCAGCGUCUCUGUAUCCCUGGGCGGGUCCCCUGUGUGUGCAGCUCUGGCCCGCUGCCUUCCUCUGCAACGCCCUGCCACUGCCCCUCCACGCACGCCUGUUGCCCCUGCAGCGCGCGCUCACUGCAAGCAGCAGCGAGGGCGGGCACCAGGAGGUGAAGGCAGGGAGUCGUCAAGAGCAGCAGCAGGGGCGGGACAGAGGGGAGGCGGAGGUGGCAGUGGGGGCAGCAGAGGAGGUGGCUCUGGGCGGCGGCAUGUGGGGAGAGUGUGCCCUGGCGCUGGCCGUGCCUCACAGCCCCCCUACCACUGGUGCACCACACACGCCAAGCAGCCAUGGCAGCAGCAUGAAUGGCAGCUGGAGUGCUGCUGCCUUGCUCCACCCGCAUGCACGUCCUUCUGCUGCGGAAGCCUCCCUGUGGAGCGCGCCCCUCUCGCUCUCCCUUGCUGCCUCCGACCAGAAAUCGGUCACUGUCGCUGCCAGCUGUCGGGGUGACAUCCCUGAUUGGUCUGCAGGGGGGGAGGAGGAAGUGGCGAGCAGCGCUGAUGUGGCGCGUUGUGAUUCGCCGAUCCCAGCUGUGGGGCAGCGGCGUGCUGUGUUUCUUCCACAGGCGAAUAGCGAGCGUCUCCUCUGUGUGCUUGCGGCAUCACACUAUCGCCCCUCUCACCACCCAUGUGCUCACGCUGCCGCUGCCACUGCUCUACCAGCCCAUGCGCCUCUGCCACCACCUCUACCCACGCUGCUGCUCUCACUGCACGCGCGCCUGCUCCUCCCCGACCCCUCUGGCACCUGCCAUGCUGCCCUACUCACUGCGUCCCUCCUGCCCUCCGCCGGCCAAUCAGAGGGCGCCACGUGGCAGCCGCACCUGGUGGUGCUGGUGGAUGAGCAGCCGCAGUGGCGCAUUGAGAACGGGACGGGUGGGUGUGUGGACGUCAGAGGGGUGGCGGAUGAGGCGGAGGCUUUUGUAGCGCGACGCAAGUGGCAUGGCCGCUCACAGCACCACCACAAGCACAGGCAUGCGCAUGCACCAAGACCCGGUGCAUUGAAUCUGGACGAGGAGACGGACGAUGCCCUCAUGGCCCACAUUCAGCGCGUGUCAGCCGAUGGGCGCGUGGCACAGGGGAGUACAGGCGGGCGAGCAGCAGGGGGGGCCAUCUGCGUGCGUCUGUUCUGUGACGCCAAAGCCAUUUGCCUCGUGUCCCUCUCCUCCCUGCACGCCUCGCUCUCCCUCCUCCCUCCGCGCUCCCUCUCCCUGCUCUGUAUUGGGGCUCACAGCGCAGCAGCCAGUCACAGCAUGCCACGUGGCAUGCACAUACAUCCCUCACCACCAGCGCCAGCAGCAGUGGGGGUGGUGUAUGCGGUGCAGUGCGCAGCUGGUGGGAAGGGUGAGGCGGGAGGUAGAGGAGACAACGAGAGAGGAGGGGGCAGACCAGUGCGGGGCGAAGGAGAGAAGCAGAUGGCAGCAGCAGGGCAUGGAAAGGAGAGGGGGAAGGAGGAGCCGCCGGCUAUACAGGUAGAAAUCGUGUUGUCACAGCACCCAUCGCAGCAGUUGACAGGAGAUGAGGGCGUGGAGGGCAGCUAUGGAGUGGAGCGGGUGAGCUAUGUGACAGGUGUGGAGGCGGUGCGUGCCAGCGUGGGGCACGUGGAUGCAUGCGCUGAUGACUGCCUGCUCUCCGCCCUCACCCACUACAUGCCCAUCGCCCUUGCCUUCAUACAGAGCAGCAGCCAAUCAGAUGAUGCCACGUGGCAGAUCCACAUGCAAGGAACAGACACGGCCCUCAUGCGCACCAUGCUGGCGCACUACAUAACGGAGGGGCUGCUGUGUGUGCCGCGCGUCAUCGCGUCGCACCACCUGCUGCUCAACCCGCUGGGUCUGCUCCACAGCGUGCGCGCCGCGUGCCGCGACCUGCUAGUGCUGCCGGUGCAGGGCUCGCUGCACGCGGGGCCGCAUGGGCUGCUGCUGGGCGUGGGGCGCGGGGGACUGGCAGCAUGGCGCCACGUGUCGCAGUGGACCGUGGCGUCGCUCUCUGGCUUCUCCUCCAGCGUUGGCAGGCUUGAGCACCUGACAGAAAGCAGUUAUCAAGGCACAGGCAGGUGGGGCCACAGUGAGAGUGGGGGCAGGGAGGAGGAGGAGAGGCGGCAGCACGGGCAGGCUGCAGCGAAGGAUACGACGGAGUCCAUGGGGGCUGGUUCUGUUGGCCGUGCGACAGGCGCACAUGGCGCAGAGGCGGAGGGGGCAGCAGUGCCACUUGCUGCGCAGGGCAGGGAAGACCAUGGUGGCAUGCCUGGCACCUGCACUGGGGAGGCGGGCAGCACGGGGGGCAGCAGGGAUGGCAGCGCUGCUGGCGGGGAGGGGCGAUGCAGGGAGGGCGAGGCGCGGCAGGCGUCGUUGCUGUGGCAGGUGCAGCAGAGGGGCGUGCGCUGUGCUGCCAGCCGCUUCAUGCCUCCCCUGUGGCCACCGCGCCCCCAAGCAUUGUGA